UGCAGGAAAUCACAGUUGAUUCAUUGUUCAUUUUAGUUGGAUAAUCCGAAAACACUGUGUUGUAGAUCUCAUAAAAUUUUAUAUUCGAUGCUCAAAUGCUGCCUGAAAAAUACGAGUUAUUCAACUGAAUCAGCAAUAAUUCUCAACAUGAUCGUGUAUUGAAAGUCAAUUUUGAUGGUAGCUAAUUUAUUUGGUGAAAAGAAAUUACUAUGACCACAUCGAUUCACACUUGAAGUGAAAGUGGUGUGUGGCUGAGUGAUAUUGGAAAAUAAAACUGCGUAUUUGUGCCACAGGAGACAACCAUGACAGUCAUUAGUGCUCAAGGAAUGGCUAGCUCUGCUACGCUAACGCAGGCCACCGGAACUUCGAACUUGCAGAAAUUUUUGCUGCUGUUGUGGAAGAACUUUCUGUUGCAUUGGCGAAGUAAAAUCUCGUCUCUGAUUGAGAUCUUCAUCCCACCAUUCUUCAUGUUACUGCUGGUCGGUCUGCGAAGUUUGACCGAAGUGCAAAUUAACGACUACGAGUCAAUCUAUGAUCCACUAGAUGUCAGCAAUUUUUCUGACAUAAGAGAUCGAUUGGUAGUACCCUUCGCUCCGAGUAUAGCGUUCUCGCCAGACACUGAUUUUCUGUACGAGCUGAUGAAACAAGUGGGAAAACGAGCGAAUCUAGACGUCAAAGGACUCCCCGAUCCACAGCAGUUGGAAAAUUUUAUGAUAGUAUCGCACUCCUUCGUGGGAGUACAGUUUGACGAACGUUACGUCAAACUGACUGGCUUGCCGAUGGUGCUGAACUACACACUACGGUUUCCCGGUGAACUUCGGGCUCAGUUCGGAAUCACGCACACGUGGCGGACCAAUUCGCGGUUCGCUUCCCGGCCGGACGGUGGAGCUCGUUUCUACAGAUGCGCUGAUGGUGGACCGAGUCCUGGGUAUUUUCGUGAAGGAUUUCUCAGCAUUCAGCAUUUUAUUUUUCAAUCAUUUUUGGAUCUGAUGAGACCGGUUGGCGUGAUUCAAGAACCGGUGCCCGACGUGAUUGUUCAACGACUGCCGUAUCCACCGUUCAUGGACGAUAAUUUUCCGUCCAGUUUGACGACGUUUUUACCUAUUUCAGUCAUGCUGGCAUUCAUCUACCCGUGCAUCAGUAUUGUUAAGUCAGUUUUGUUUGAGAAGGAAAAACAAAUCAAAGAAGCAAUGAAGAUUAUGGGUCUGAACAGCUGGGUUUUGUGGGGCUCGUGGUUUGUAAAGUGCUUGAUAUUUAUGGUGAUUUCCGUUUCGAUUGUGGUGUUAUUUCUCAAAGUGCCAUGGUACACAACUCCAAAUGUUUCGGUGUUGACAUAUUCCGAUUGGGGUGUUAUCUGGUUAUUUUUCUUUAUUUAUGGACUCGCGAUCAUCACAUUCUCGUUCAUGCUGAGUACGCUGUUUUCUAAGGCAAAUUCUGGAGGUGCGGUGGCAGCUAUAAUUUGGUUCCUGGCAUUCGCACCCUAUGCAGUGAUGGAUCAGGACUAUAGCAGCCUUAAUACGGCCGACAAACUGGCAGCAUCGUUACUAUUGAACACCGCAAUAGGCUUUGGACUUCGAUUGAUCGGUGUGUACGAAGGACUCACACUUGGCAUGCAGUGGUCCAGUUUGUUUCACGAAAGUGAAGUUGAUGACAUCAAUUUGGGAUCCAUAAUGUUGAUGCUGCUUGCGGAUGCUGCGAUUUAUAUGCUGAUUGCGCUGUAUAUAGAGAAAGUGUUCCCUGGUGAUUUUGGAUUAGCCGAACCCUGGUAUUUUCUAGUGUCGAAGCGAUACUGGUGUGGGGAUGCACAGGAAAAAGACACUUUCAUUGAUGAACCCAUACCACCGAACAAAAAUAUUGAAGAUAAUCCAAAGGGUCGCCCGUCUCGCAUCCAGAUAAGGUCACUCCGAAAGGUUUACUCGAACAAAAAAGUAGCCGUCGAAGGACUUACGUUUGACAUGUUCGAAGGUCACAUCACAGCUUUACUGGGACACAACGGAGCAGGCAAAACAACAACAAUGUCUAUGCUGACGGGCAUGAAACGACCAUCGGCAGGAACAGCGAUAAUCUGGGGAUACGACAUUCGCCAUGACAUGGCAAAGAUCAGAAAUUCGUUGGGAUAUUGUCCUCAACAUAACAUACUGUUUGAUCAGCUAACAGUGAAGGAGCAUUUGUAUUUUUAUGGCCGACUAAAGGGGCUGUCGAAAGUUCAGGUCCAGUAUGAAGUUGAAAGAUACAUUAAGGCACUUGAAUUGGUUGACAAAACUAACAUCAGAGCGUCCAGUUUGUCUGGUGGAAUGCAAAGGAAAUUGUGCGUAGGGAUUGCACUUUGCGCGGGAUCAAAAGUGGUUUUGUGUGAUGAACCUACUUCGGGUAUGGAUCCUGCGGCCCGAAGAGCCCUAUGGGAUCUGCUGAUAGCGGAGAAAGCCAGACGUACAAUGAUACUGUCAACGCACUUUAUGGAUGAGGCGGACAUGCUUGGAGAUCGAAUCGCCAUUAUGGCCGAUGGAAAGCUGAAAGCCGUCGGUUCAUCGUUCUUUCUGAAGAAGAAAUUCGGAGUAGGUUAUCGAUUGAUUUGUGUCAAGUCACGAGAUUGCGACGUAGAUGCAGUAACCGGAUUACUUCGUAACUAUAUAGUGGACAUAGCAGUAGAAUCCAAUAUCGGAUCGGAAUUGUCAUAUCUGUUACAAGAGGGACAUGCUGCGCGGUUUCAGCCUAUGCUGGAAGCACUAGAAAAUAAUGUUGUGAAAUUAAAUAUUCUAGAUUUCGGAAUAUCGCUUACCACAUUAGAGGAGGUUUUCAUGAAAGUAGGAUCCGAUUCCACCACGCUGAGUGAUGCCAUCAGUGUUAGCAGUAUUGCAACAUCUUCCACGGAUCUUGAAUCAAACUCGAGCAUCGGUGAUUACGAACUGUUGGUUGGAUAUCGAUUAUUUUUCUGUCAAUUGAAAGCGCUGUUUUUGAAGAAAGUUUACCAAACCUAUCGUAAUUGGUUCCUAUAUCUAGUGCAAAUUGCAAUACCAAUUCUGUUCGUUUCGGUUACGAUUGCCGUCGUUCGAGCUUGGGUCGGUGCUCGGGACAUGCCCGCUCGAUUGCUAUCCAUCGGAAGUCACAACCCAUCAGUCACUCUCGUUCAAGUGGAUCCGGAAAAUGAAAGAACAUCACUAACACAAAACAUUCUUGACAACUUUCUGCAUCACUUUAACUUCUCUCGAGGCCUCACCGUCGAACUAGUCUACGAUUACAUUGUUCGCGUAUUUCUCAAGCAUGCCGUACAAAAUCUGAUUGCGGUAAACAGAUACUACAUCAUUGGUGCCAAUAUCCUCAACAAUAACUGCACUGCAUGGUUCAACAACGAGGCACUGCAUUCGCCGUCUAUUUCGCUGAGUGUAAUGCACAAUGCUCUGUUGCGAACCUUCACCAAUUCGAGCAUUUUCCGAAUAGACAUUACAAAUCAUCCACUACCGUAUACCGAUGAUACCAGACUUCAACUGAGUCGUGCGCACAAUAAUCUUGGUUUCCAGUUGGCUUACAACACGGGCUUCGGAAUGGCCUUCGUAUCCGGGUUCUACGUAAUAUUUUUCAUCCGGGAGCGAGUUACCAAAGCUAAACUCCUGCAGUUUGUCAGUGGAGUCAAUCGGUUCUUCUACUGGAUCACCGGUUUUAUAUGGGACUACUUCACGUACGUGAUUGUGUGUCUAUUUAUUAUCGCAACUGUAGCCGUUUUUCAGGAACCAGGAUUCAGCACAGGAGCGGAAGUGUUUCGACUGUAUGCCAUCUUCUUGUUCAUCGGAUUACCAGCGCUUCCAUUGGCAUACAUUACCACCCUGUAUUACAACGUCCCACCAGCGGCGUUUAUUCGUGUGAGUGUCGCAUUUAUCGUAUCGGGAACGGCCCUCUUCAUUUUCGUAUUCCUGCUCGGUACAGACUUGUUUCAAUUGGUUGAACUCUCAGAAACAUUGUCAACCGUGUUUCUAAUCUUUCCACAUUUUACACUCUGUGAUGCGAUCGUCAAUCUGAGCCGCAUGUCAGUUACCAUCAACAUGUGUGAAUCGGAACGACCACCGGGUGUCACUCCUUUGCCAAUAUGCAACGAAGAUCUUCACUAUUUUCAAUGGACUCGACCGGGAAUAGGAAGACAUCUGUACUACAGCUUGUUUAUGACGGCAGUUUACUUCGGGUUACUGUUUCUACUGGAUUUCCAGAUUUUGAAAUUCCUAAUUCAGAAAACUCGAGAAUGGCACUAUAAAGGAAAGCACAAAGUUGGGGUCAAACUAGAUAAGAUGGACUCAGAUGUGCUAGCCGAGACGAAUCGUAUUGAAACAAUGACUGAGGCGGAACGAAAGGAUACAAAUCUGGUGGCGCACCAAAUGACCAAAUACUACAACCGAUUUCUAGCUGUCAAUCAACUCAGCGUUGGAAUAAAAAGUUACGAAUGCUUUGGGCUCUUGGGAGCUAACGGUGCCGGCAAAACGACCACUUUCAAGAUGCUAUCAGGUGACGAGACCAUCUCGUUCGGCAACGCUUGGAUCCGAGGCAACAGUUUGAAAACCAACCUGAAAAAGGUUCACAAACACAUCGGGUACUGUCCACAGUUUGACGCUCUGAUCGAGGACUUGACUGGUCGAGAAACGCUGAAGCUGUUCUCACUGCUUCGGGGGGUGCCGGGUGAUAAAAUUUCCGAGAUAACUAACUUUCUGUCGAAAGAGUUUGGAUUCGUUAAGCACCUGGACAAACAGGUGAAAGCCUACAGCGGGGGCAAUAAGCGAAAGUUGAGCACGGCAUUGGCCCUGUUAGGAAAUCCGAUGGUGAUAUAUUUGGAUGAGCCUACCUCGGGCAUGGAUCCUGGGGCAAAGAGGAAACUCUGGAACGGGGUAUGCCGUGUUCGCGACAGCGGAAAAACAAUCGUGCUAACUUCUCACAGCAUGGAAGAAUGUGAGGCUCUCUGCACACGACUCGCCAUAAUGGUAAACGGCGAGUUCAAGUGCAUCGGUUCGACUCAACAUCUGAAAAACAAGUUUUCACAAGGUUUUGUACUCAUCAUUAAAGCUAAGAAAGUAGAUUUAGUUGACAAAGCACGCGAGGCUGCCGAUUCUGAAGUGGCAGAUCUGCAAAAAAUAAAAGAUUUUGUUGCAGCGCAAUUUCCAACUUCACACCUAAAAGAAGAGUACCAGGAUCUACUGACGUACUACAUCCGCUCGCAGUAUAUUAAAUGGUCAGAGAUAUUUGGAAUAAUGGAGAAUUGCAAGCGUACGCUGAACGUGGAAGAUUAUUCAAUUGGACAAACAAGUCUUGAACAAGUAUUUCUCUCAUUCACGAAAUUCCAACGCGAGGAAUGAGUGACUUUUUCUUCUGCACGAACUGUAGAAACAGGACUUUGUCCCAAUAAAAAAACUCGAAAUAAUUUCUUUCAAUUUAACUUUUAGGUAACAA